AUGGAUGUAGCGAUUUUUGGUGACAUAUCAAAGAGUAUGAGGAAGCAACAACGAAAAAAGCUGGUGAACUUUAUUGAAGAGUUACUUGACUCAACUCUCGUUUCUGCUGAUGGAAAUCAUGUUGCUCUUGGCACGUUUGCAAAAACUGCUGAUAUUCAUAACAAGCUUAACAAUAAAGAAUACCACGAUGCAGACAAAUUGAAGAAGGCUGUAAAAGAAAUCUUCAUGGUUAGGCCAAAGAAAUUUGGAACUCGUACAGAUCUUGCUUUGGACCUGGCUUCCAGAGAAGUGUUUACAGCAGCCGGAGGGGACAGACCCAAAGCCAAGAACGUCUUAAUUAUCGUAACUGAUGGAAAACCUCAUAUCCCAAAGAAAGACAAAAAAACUUUCAUUCCUUUUGAAACAUCGACGAAGGCGCUGGAGGUAAAUAAUGAGAAUUUUAUAUCGGAAAGCAAAUACCAAUUUGUAGAUUACAUGACCUUUUUACUAAAGUUAAUUAUAUAAAUUCCGCGACUUUGUCGAUUGUGAAUUGAUAAUUAGUCUUUCUUGGUCAAACGAGGUCCUGAAGUUAGUUAGCCUUCUAGUACAUUUGAUAGAGAGGUGAAGAAUUAAUUUUUUUAAAAAAUAUUUUAAGGUUAUCUUGUACUCAUUUUCACGAUAAGACCUUAAGUAACAUAUGUAUCAAACUAACUAACUGCCCAACUAACUUUGAGCCUGUCUGUUUUGUAUUAGGCUAAAGAUGUUUUCGUUGUCGUUGUUGGGGUUGGCAAAAAUGUGGCAAGGCAAGAGAAGAAAAUGGCAGAGAUUGCUGGUGAAAAAGGCAGAGUUCUUUUGUUCCCGAGCUAUAAAAAACUAAGCGAAAAUUUAGAAGAAGUGUUAGAAGUUUACUGUGGUAAGUUCAACUUUUAACUUAUCGCGGUUAAGCUGAAAAUAAGAGAGCAUAAUAAGUACAUACGGUAUUAUUGGAACGGACUUAUAAACAUCGGUCUACAUUCGGUUUACAAACUCCUUGUUAUUAGGCUGCAGCGAUUAUUUCGUAAUCCUUGUAUAACACCUUAGUUUAUAUGAGAAAAUGAUUUUGUUGACUUUGAUUCUAAAACCAAUUUAUUGAUUUCAUGUUACAACAAGUUGUGCAGACGAGUGAACAUUUUUUCGUUUUGGUGGUUUAGCAAUUGACGGCAAGUACACCGAAUGGAAGGAGUCUGAGUGCAGUGUGACGUGUGGAGGAGGAGUAAUGACACUUACAAGAACCUGUACCAAUCCUCCGCCGUCUAACGGUGGAAAGGACUGCAGUGAAUUGGGACCGGCUGGAAAGACACUUGCAUGCAACGAACCUGAAUGCCGUAAGCUGAUAUAGCAAUUUAUGUCCUUACGCGAUGGGUGUACUUUCUUCAAUAUACAUCAUGAUAAGAUCCAUCUUUGAUCAUUUCAUAAUUUGCAUAACUUGCGGAUUUGUGGGCUCUUAACUAAGAGGGUCCCCUAUACUUUUUACGCGAAUCAUGAUUGGGCGAUUUUUAUUUGUGAACCGUGGUUAGAGAUGAAAAGAUCUUUUCAUGUCUGCUUGCACGCAUCUUUUUUAAUUUAAACGUUUCAAAUUAAUUUAAAUUUCCGGCUAUGAUAUUGGUGUGAAAAUUUACGUAUUGUUCUAGAACGGCUCUGGUGAGCUUUUGACCCGGGAUGGACUUAAUACUCAUCCAUAAAAUUCAUAAAAAGAACCACUAAUGGUUCUUGGACAAAUAAGAUAAGACAUUACAUUUUGUCGUGUAAGACUGUUCGGCAAGAAUAGAAAAAGUAAAGUAUUAAUUCAACGUGAAUAUCUUGAAUUUCGCGUGAACGUGACAGAGUUGUGGACAUUACUUGUGAUGCAUGAAAAGACCAAAUAUUAUUACGUGACUGAGUUUCUCAAAGGGGUAUAGGGGUGGAGGGUCCCCUGUAGGUUGGACGAAAAGGGUACACAAACUCCUCGGUUUGAGUUGCUGUUCCAGUCUCAAUUUCUGACUCCUGAUCCAUUAUUGAAUCGCUUUCAAAUUUAAUAUCUUUUACUUUCUGCCCUUGCACAAUAAUUUUCUAAUUUAUUGUCUGUCUCGUGCUCUUUAUCGUGCGAGUUCUCUCUUUGCUCCAAAAACCCUAUCUUUGGAGUCUAGUUUGGCCGCUGAUCCCAAACUGGACAAGUGUUUUUCUUCAGAAGGACGUUUGUUGUGGCUAAGAUGCAGGGAUGGUGUCCAGCCGGGACCAGUUCUCUUUCAAAUUAAAAAAACAUUUUUUUAAUGGUUUAGCAAUUGAUGGCAAAUACACCGAAUGGAAGGAGUCUGAGUGCAGUGCGACAUGUGGAGGAGGAGUUAUAACUAAAACAAGAACUUGUACCAAUCCUGCUCCACAACACGGUGGAAAGGACUGCAGUGGACUGGGACCAGCUGAAAUGACACUUUCCUGCAACGAGCAAGAAUGCCGUAAGCUGAUAUAGAAAUUUGUGUCUUUAAGCGACGAUUAUGCUUUCUUUAAUGUACAUCACUAAAUGAUGUUUUAAUGGUUUAGCAAUUGAUGGCGGAUACACCGUAUGGAAGGAGUCUAAUUGCAGUGCGACAUGUGGAGGAGGAGUAAUAACUAAAACAAGAACUUGCACCAAUCCUGCUCCACAACACGGUGGAAAGGACUGCAGUGAACUGGGACCAGCUGAAAUGACACUUUCAUGUAACGAACAACCUUGCCGUAAGUAUUAGUAGUAUGAAGUUAUCUGGAUGUUCAUGCAAUAACACUUUCAUAAUUUGCAUAACUUGUGGACUUGUGAGCACUUAAUUAAGGGAAAAGAGACCUUUUCCUGCGAAAGCGAUAGCAAAGUACAACGAAUAAAAUUGCUGAGAUAAGAUUUGCUGCCCUGGUUCUAGGCAAUGCUUGGUAACUGAAAAUUCAUUUUCAAAACUUUUGAAGAGUUUUUUUUCACGAUUUAGCAAUUGAUGGCAACUACACUGAGUGGUUGUCGAUUAUUUCAUAAUUGGCAUAACUUGUGGACUUGUGAGCACUUAAUUGAGGGAAAAGAGACCUUUUUUCUGUAACAGCAAGAAAAAGCUUUCCCAUAAUAUACGAUAAGAUUAUUUUUGUUGUAAUUGAUUCUAAAGCCAAGUUCAUGGCAGGUUGUGCAUAAGGGUGAAAAGUAUUUCUUUUUUAUGGUUUAGCAAUUGAUGGCAAAUACACCGAAUGGCAGGAGUCAGAAUGCACUGUGACAUGCGGAGGAGGAAUAAAAACAUUUACAAGAACCUGUACCAAUCCUCCGCCGUCUAAUGGUGGAAAGGACUGCAGUGAACUGGGGCCUUCUGAGAAAACGGAAUCAUGCAGCACACAGGAAUGCCGUGAGUAUUUGUCAGAACAAUUGUCGGAGUAAUUGUCUGUAUAUUUACUUUUCUUUUAAUUGAGUAUCACCGAGUGUUGUGCUAAUCCUGGCUGUAAUCCACUCUAUAGCGAUCUUUAACCUCACUUUAUGUUGCUUUAGACAGAUUUCAUGAUUUUUUUCUUAAUUAGGGACUUAAAUAAUUUUUUUUGUUUUUUCAUGAUUGUAUCCUUUACACUUAUGUUAUCUUAAAACGUUAUCAAAACGUUUAAGAUAGAAGUGUGCGCCUGAAAUCACUUAAAUCUAUCCAAAGCUCUAAAAUGUUUGCAUAGAAUUUUGGCACUGUGGCAUUGUGAGGAUAACUAAAAGCAACCUCACCUUGAAAAUAUUGUCCUCAAAUGUGCUUAAAACUUGAAUACAGGCGCUGUCAUCUUCAAUCUCGCACUGCAAAGUGGCCACUCUCCUGUUACGUAUUUAUUAGAAACGAAAAUAUUCAUAGAACUUCCAAGACUUAAUUCUUCGAUGAGAUUGAGAAUUAAAGCUUUUUUCAAUUUUCCUUUAUCCGAACGACAGUUUAAAGAAAAGCGCGCGAACAGCGAGAUUCCGAUCUCAAGUCACGUGAUUCAAUGAAAGGAAGAUACAAAUCGCGUGCAAAAUUCUAUUUUUAACAGGAGUUCGGAGAAAAAAAGACUUCUCCCCCCUCCUCUCUCUCUCUCUCCGAUCUUAUAGCAGUCCGAUAAAAAUUGAUUAUGAGCUACUCAAAAGGGAUUCUUGAAGUAAGAAAAGAUUUCAUGGUUCUGCAGCGUCAUUAUAUUUUGGAAGUAUGUUUAUCAAGCAAGGUUUCAAGUCUUUCAGACGCAAUGACUGCAAUCUACUAUUUUUGUGUUACUUUAUGCGCUUUUUAAAUUUCCCAUCUUGAACUUUAAUUUUUUAAUUUUUCAUGGUUUAGCAAUUGAUGGCAAAUACACUGAAUGGAAGGAGUCUGAGUGCAGUGCGACAUGUGGAGGAGGAGCAAUGACUAAAACAAGAACAUGUACCAAUCCUGCUCCACAACACGGUGGAAAGGACUGCAGUGAACUGGGACCAGCUAAAAUGACACUUUCAUGUAACGAACAACCUUGCCGUAAGUAUUUGUAGUAUGAAGUUAUCUGGAUGUUUUGCAGCGAUAGUUGUCAUCGGUACUCCAUUUUGUUGUGAAACUGAAGCAGUUAGAGCACUGAAGAAAAUGAUAAAACAAAGUGGGAUACAGACCGCGUUCUAUAAUCAUUUUCAAGGUAGAUUGCGGAAGUGACGAUCAGCACAAAAUAUGCGGUUGUAACUUUCAAAUUGAAUGCUCAUUGCACCAGUCCUGCCCCAGUUAAGGCAUGCAAGUCCUAAAUCUUGUCGCUUGUACCCUGAAAACUUCAAAGCUCAUUUACAAAACGUAAAAUUCAUGCUUUAGGGAAUGCUGUGAAAAUGUAGUGGAAUUGGAGCCGUGAAAUUAACUGCUCAGUAAUCUAGUUCCUUAUCGCAUUAUUGCAAAUAUUUCUUGGUUGUCUUUCAUCACUAUAGAAGCCAUAGCCCAUUAUUCUUAGUUACUCAGGAGGCAUUGAACGAACCACGUUGUCCAUUUCUUUCGAAAUAUGAUGGGAUGUUUGUCCGAGAGUACAUUCAUUAAUAUUGGUUAUUUGCAAGAGGCUCAACUCGGAAUUACAAAGAGACACUGAGGAGGUUUGGAACCGAUAGCCUAAAGAUUUCAAUUUAGCAAGCUAAACUCUCUGAUCAAACGAAUUCCUCAUCACCUCUCACCUUUAGUCAAACUUCAAUGAGUGAUAAUAUUUAGUUACGAUAGAGGAGUAACAUAGAAACAUUGGAAAAGACCACCUGAUAAGUAUCUCAGUUCAAACAAGAAACAAAAAUAUAUCGAUAUCAAAUAAUAGGGAAAUAUCAUUGUCUGUACAUUAUAAGACUAGAAAUAAUGACUUGUAACGAUGUUUUGAUGUUGUUUCAUGACUCAAAUAUCACUGCUGGCAAUAUUUUACAUCUUUCUUCAAGUUAUUUCCCUUUUUCAUCUCCACAGCUCCUCCGUGCACAGCUGGACUUGACGUUGCAAUCGUUCUCGACAAAUCCCAGAGUGUUAAAUUAGGUAAUCUGGAAAAGGUUAUCACCUUCCUGGGUAAACUGGUUGGGAACUUCGACCCUGCUCCUGAAGCAGAUCACUUCGGCCUUAUUACCUUUAACAAAAAGGCACAACUGUCUUUCAAAUUUGGCGACUCACAAUAUUACAAUAAAGACGCCUUACUUAAAAAAAUAGCCAACGAACCGAUGGUCCUACAGUAUCAAACACGCACCGAUAUGGCUCUCCUUAUGGCGAGGGACGAGAUGUUUACUGAGGCAGGAGGAGACAGACCAGACAAACCAAAUGUCAUGAUUGUACUCACAGAUGGAAAGCCAACUAAUCCAGACAAAGACUUUGACUUCAAGGCAUUUUCUAAAGAGAUAUCGAAAGAUUUCAAGGCGAGUAUAAAAUAGUUAUGUCGAGGCUUGAUUGAUGAGAGCAUAGGGUUAAGACAAAUAAAAAUGUGAACCUAAUGAGUUGAAUUUUUCAAUUCUUGUGAACUGAAAGCUAGGACAUUAACUUCAAAGUAUUUGCUGAAGAAAUAAAUAAAAAUUUCAAGGUGGGUGUGAAGUAGUUAAAAAAAAAAAAGUUUGAUCGAUGACAGCUGAUGUUUCAACGAGUCAUUUCACUAAGAACUAGAGCCCUAGUUGGGUCUCUUGUGUUAUGUUCGUUGUCAUUUGUUGAGAUGAAUUAGCAUUGCAUCCUGCUCACUUUAUGAUGCAGGAUAAGUUCUAGCAGUAAUGGGCCCUUAAAACUAACUUAAUCCUUCUCCAAUCAAAAGUGACUCAUGUGUCAGAGAUUCUCUUCUUACAGGAAAAGAAAGUCAACAUUGUAGCAGUGGGCAUCGGUCCAGGAGUGGAGGAAGCCACUUUGCACGAUAUCGCUGGCACAGGUCCUGUGGUUCAGGUGGAGGCGUUCGAUAAGCUUGAUGAAAUGAUGAAAACAAUCAAGGGAUCGGCUUGUUCGGGUAAGUUAUAAUUGCAAAAACCUCAAUCGCUCUUACUUUUGAAUCCACCUGGCCUUCUCAGAGAGAAAAAUGGAUCCCGUUUAAGUACUUCAUGGUUAUAUUUGCCAUUAUUGCUGUUAGUAUUACUGCUAUCAAAAUUAUUGUAAUUACUUUUGUUUUAAUCAUUAAAACUCUGGUUGUUAGCUUUAUAAGCUCUAAUCUGCUUACAUUGAUGCUUACCGAAAAAAUUUUCUCACAUGCGAGCGUCACAAAAAACAACAUUUCGUGCCAUUUUCUAGGAUAAAGGGGCUGGUUUUUAAAGUUCAAUAUUAUUUUAGCAAUGUAGUUCGUAGGUAGGUUUGUAGGAAUUUAAUGUGGUGUUUUUUAAAGUUAAAAAAAUAUAUCAAUAUUUAUAAUUAUUAUCAUAAAGUGAUGCUCACGGAGAAACUUUUCUCACAUACGAGUGUCACAAAAUCAAGCUUUUGUGUUCAUUUUGUAGAAUAAAGAAGCUGGCUUUUCAAGACAUGUCGUAUCUUUGGAUCAAACCAAAUGGGGUAGACUAUGAAUGAAGCAACAACAAUUUACGGAAUUAUUGUAUAUGCAUAUCAUACUGAAAAUAAACUACCUUAAAGCGGGAAACUUUGUCUUUGCCCAUUUCUUAAAGAAAGCCACUGGUGGAGAGAAAUUGUCGUUUUAUCAUCCAAAUUUAUUUUUAGAAGUAAAAAUUUGUCGGCAUAAAUGGAAAUGAAAUAUUUUGUAUGGAAAAAAAUGGAAACAGAUAUCAGUUAUUUUGGAUGUGGACUUUUUGAGCGUCGCCAUGUUGAGUCUCCAAGUCUCCAAGGUUGCUGCAAUCUCCGUAUUAUCCCCUGUGGACCACUGUGGACAAAAUACUAUUGUUCAAUGAUAGUAGCGGAAACUGAAUGACGUCAUGCAAUCCAAAAUGGCGCCUGCCGAGAAAGUCAGACAUCGAUAUUGCUUUUAUUUGUUUCCAGUUUCAAAUAUUUGGUUCCUGUAUCCCAUGUUUUCGCCCAAAUUUUUGAAAUGACAUUUUCAUCUAUUUAAUGCCAACUCAUUCUACCAGUGGAGGUUUCCUUUUUGAUCCUGUCUCUUACAAUUUAAACUCAAUACUUCAUCUUCUUGUCCACUUUCUCAUCCACCUCCGCGUGCGUUAUAAGGAAUUCUUCUCGAGCUUGCGGUUGACAUAGUUUUAGCCAUGACUAUUUUUGCUUUGAAAGUUAACUAGAAAUUGUAUUGUUUUCGAAUAAAAACUAACUGGUAUGAUCUCCCGCCCAAAGCGUGGGUAGGUUAUUCUCUGCUUGCUGGCUUCACAUUUAUUAGCCCAAGUGAAGACCGUGUAAUGCCGAAGCAUGCGCCAGUGGUACGCUGUACCAAGCCCUGGCCUUCGAGUAUGCGUAAUGGAUAGAUUUGUGCCGCCCGCAAUACAGUUUUUUGUGCAUGCUUUAAAAGAGCAACUUGUACGCACGGACGGAGAGGCGUGCGAUAGCGCAGCGCAGCGUGAUCUUUUCCUUAAAACGCACCAAUCACAACUUUUAAAUCCUAGCCAUUCACAGCUAAGCACGAUGCUUCAUAAGGUGACAACUAUCCAGUUGAUCUUCAAGGCAUCGCUUGAUAAAGACUAGCUGAAUGCUACAACAAGUUUGUCAAUCGUCGUGAUACGCUCUCAGUUUCAAUAGCGCUCUUUUUUUACAGUGACACGACGAGAUAGCAUAAUGUAGGUGAUUAGAACUUUAGAGGAUUUCCUUGAAACUUUGCAGAUGAGUUAACCUUGAUCAGGUUCUCUUCUGGAUACUUUAUUUUGAUAAUUUUGUUUUAUCAACUGAGUCGAUAAUGCAAAUUGACCGCUGUAAAACUGACGUUUCGAGCAGAGCCGAUGGAAGAAUUGUGCAUGGGUUUUGUUUGGUAUAUAUACAAAAAAAUGGAGUCGCGCUGUUGAUGGGAACGCGACAACGUGAAAAAGAGAGCCGAUUUGAAGGAUGCUUGAAGGCCGCACACUGCCAUAUGUUGCUAAGAACGAUUUGGGAAAUUAAAGUGUCUAGCGAUUGGUUUGAAUUCCUUUCUACGCCACGAAUGUGUUCUCGGAAUGGGUCAUGCCAUGUUAUUAAAAGGGUAACUUAGCCAGGUGAAAAUUUAACCAAAUAAUCGAAGCUGUCUCUGUCUCUAAAUCCAAAGUCGGUGUCUUACAGAUUUACAGUACCAAAGUUGAAAAAAUGUUUAGCUAUGUUACCUCAAAAGCUUUCGUGGUUUCCCAAAAAGGAACCAUCUUUAUAACCCCUUUUGCCAAUCCAUGGCUUUCCGUCAGUGAAGAUGAGCAUGAGGUUCUGAGCAUCAGGCCUAUCCCCUCCUUCUGGGGUGAACAGUCUGUUAAGGGCUACUCUCAGGACAAGAUCAGUGCGUGUACCUACUUUACCGGGAACAACUUUGAAUUCCUUUUUAACUUUUUCCUUAUCUGCUUUCUUUAAAGUAUGUCUUAAUUGAGGCGUACGAUCCAAAAGUGGCAAUUGCAAAAUGAUUUCCUUCGGCAGAGACGCCCUUCUGGUCCACCAACGACUUAACCAGAUCGACCAACUUAUUACGGUGGCUGUUCUCCAUGCUCUUCGAUAUGUCACCAACAACGGCGAUGUCCAUUAUCUGGUCAAGACAUUCAUCUAUUUAUGGGUAAAAAUGAGAGAAAUUGGUGUUUUGACGCCUGCAACGAAUGCAAGAUUGUGAUGGAUAAAUAAAUGUUGACAAUUCCACGCUCUUAGGCAAACCAGGCAAACCUGUCGCAGCUGCAACUGGCCUGAAAACAACUAAGUACGUUAAAUAAGCUGUCUAUAACCUUUCUAAACUAAGUGGAAGAGAAAAAUGCAAACCCAUACUUUACUUUCACGUGUGUUGUUUUGACCCGUUGAUUCAAGGUUUUUUGAAUGGUUUUGAACGUUUAUUGAAAAUUACAUUCCAGUUCAUGGCCAAUUUCAUCCUGUACAGUUAUCUCUUUGAAUACUCAUUAAGUGCUUUCAUUCUGGAUCGCAUCGAUUGGCGCCACCCUACCAGUAUGUAACGAGGUCGGAAAAUGAAUGUCUUUGUAGAAUGUAAUAAGAAAUUCUCUACUCGCUUUUAUAUCUUGACAGUUCGGUUCAGUUUAUCGCCCAAUUUGCGAUCAAUACCAUAUUAUUUUACUUUUAAUUCUCCUGUUAGUGGUGAAACUUUCUCUUAAGACUUGAUAGAUGGAGAGUAGAAAAGGUUUAAUAGCAAUGAUUAACACUAAUAUUGUGAGAGUGAAAUGCUUAAAUCUGUACUCAAAGUUAAAACAAAAGAACAUUUAAAUUUAAAAAUCCUUCGUGACAAUUCAAUUAGAAAUGAGUUUAAGCCACAGAUCAUCAAGCUGAGAUUCUAAAAUCCCCCUAAUGCUAUGGAUAGUGACUGGACAGUGACUGUAAAAAAGAGUCUCUAGAAGUUUCUGUAAUACCUAGUCGUGCUGACAUGUUUGCCAUGAAACUUUCUAGAGGAUCUUUUUUAACUCACGUAGUUAUGAUAUAAGACUGCCAAAAUAGUUAUGUUGUAAGCCUCCGCAAUGUUCUGGAAUUCUUUUUUAAUGUAAAUAAGGACUCAGUCGUGAAGUAGUCGUACUUAUUGUUGUCGGGAGUGACCGACUGUUCGGAAAGCUGUACCGAGAGAGCUACUGCGGAAGAUUGUUCAUUUCGAGGAAAAUUGGAGACAACAAAAGUUUGUUAAGGAUAAUUAGUGAACUGCCCCUAGGAGUUGCUCCUUAUUAAGAAUAUUACACGGUAUAUAAUAACGUAGUUGAGCUUGUAGGACUAUAGUGUUCUUUCUGUCGUUUAAAUCAUACCGAAACACUAGACUCCAGACUUCAAGAAAUAACGAGUCCUUUGUCACGGGCAUUGUCCAGGCGGGUGUACUUUGUUGCGUCUAUUCCUUUGUCCAGCAAAAGGAUCAAGUGAAACACGGACUACGCUGCAAGAUUGAACUAACAAACAAAACCCAUGCUUUCUUUUUAAUAACAACAUUGUCACAGUGUGUUCUGAUUCACCUAAUGAGCGUGAUAGGGAAUACUCUGUCCCUCACAAUGAAUAACAAAUGCAUUACACAGCCCGCUUUAUCGAGCUUUAUUUACGGAUAAGCUGAGCGUUUUACCGGGUGGCUGUCAACGACUCUAACGUUUAUAAAAUAGUUUUAGGGCACGUCUAACAAAUUCAUAACGAUAUUACCCACUUUGAGGUAAGUUACUAAGCGCGAUUCCCCAUGAAUGAUCACAACUUUCUCCACAAACGAUAAAAAAAAUAAUUUCCAAUUUACCAGUAGGGGAAAUAACUCUCGUGCGAUGGCUUGUGCUAUCGAAUGACAACCUUCUUUGGGCAGCUGAAAACAAAAAUGGGUUUCAAUCAUUUUCGUUCCUUUUUGUUGGCACUGAAAACACCACGAAAAGCAGAAUCUCUAUGACUAUUGAUUACGAAUUUUCCAGUCUGACCAUGUGAAAUUCAAAGAAGGAAGGUUACGUGGCAAAAAUACUUUAAGAGCAGAGGGGCCGUUAAAAUGUGCCAACUCCAACCCUUAAGACGAAGGAGCUCUUCAAAUUUUCGUUUACCUAGGGAUGCCUGCCUGGUUGUGAAAGCACAAAAAACCCUUGCGUUUCCAAUGAAAAAUAAUUCAAGCACACUGAGAUUAAAAACCAUCAGGUUCAAUUACUUUAAAAUAGAUUUUAUGAUGUAUUGAAUUCAAUUGAUGAAUUGAAAUGGAUUUUUAACCUCUUCCUAUUCAGAAAAAAAAACGUUAAAAUAGUUGUAAUCAGAGUUGGCAAAGAGCUGUACAAAAGUAAGGAAGAUAUUAAAAAGGUAGCCGGCAAGAAGGAAACAGUUCUGGUUUACGGAAAUUUCGACGCACUAAUCAAUAAUGUCGACGAUCUCCUAAAAGCUACAUGCGGUAAGCUCCUUUUUCUUCCUCAUUAUGUGUUAGUUCAAAAGUAUUUUGAUAUAUGCUUAGUAAAAAUCCACACGUAAAUAUUGCAAAUUUGUUCCGAGACUACUGGAUUUGUUUAUUCAUCUGAUACGGCUAAUAUAUCUCCCUCAAAGCUGUUAACGGAGGAUACACUGAUUGGUCUGAGUCUGAGUGCAGUGUGACGUGUGGAGGAGGAGUUAAGACACUUACAAGAACCUGUUCAAAUCCCCCGCCAUCUAAUGGUGGAAAGGACUGCAGUGAACUUGGACCAGCUGAAACGACAGCACCAUGUAGCGAACAAAAAUGCCGUAAGUAUUUUUAAAACCAUUUUUUGAGUAAAAUUAGUUAUUGCAACGCCUGGAGGUGUGAUUUUAAGACUAGUAUUACCUGCUUUUCUUCAUCUUCCGAGAGAAUUAGUAAUUGGAAUUCUAAGACUAGCAUAGGUUGACGUUCUAGAAAUAUCCACUGUAAGUUGAGAUUACAAAAAGUUAUUAAGAGCGUGGAGAUUUUCUUCGCUUUUUAUCAAGAGGAAUGCUUAUAUGGACCCCGAGAAACAAUUUCAAAUAAGGAUCAUUUUUCUCCCUCUAAGCUGUCGACGGAGAAUACACUGAUUGGUCUGAGUCGAAGUGCAGCGUGACGUGUGGAGGAGGAGUGAAGACACUUACAAGAACCUGCACCAAUCCCCCAGCAUCUAACGGUGGAAAGGACUACGGUGAGCUUGGACCAGCCGAAAAGACAGCUCCGUGUAACGAACAAAAGUGCCUAAAGUCUUUUUAAAACCAUUUUCUGCUGUUCCUAUCCUUUUGAGAGAAUGAGUCAACAUAAAGCCUGAAACAGUAAUUUUAUGACUAGCAUAAGUUGAACUUGAAGAAAUAUCCAUUGUAUAUGGAGAUAAAAUCAAAUUAUUGAGAAUGUGGAGAUUUCUCAGCUCUUGUCUGACGUUCUAGAAAUAUCCACUGUAAGUUGAGAUUUAAAAAAGUUAUUAAGAGCGUGGAGAUUUUCUACGCUUUUUAUCAAGAGGAAUGCCUAUAAGGACCAACGAGAAACAAAUUCAAAUAAGGAUCAUUUACUCUUUCAAAGCUGUUGACGGAGGAUACACUGAUUGGUCUGAGUCGAAGUACAGCGUGACGUGUGGAGGAGGAGUGAAAACACUAACAAGAACCUGCACCAAUCCCCCUCCCUCUAGCGAUGGAAGGACUGCAGUGAACUUGGACCAGCUGAAAAGACAUCUCCAUGUAACGAACAAAAAUGCCGUAAGUAUCUUUGUAACUGCUUUUUGUCGGUCGUCACCAGUUAUUCUAGAGAUUAAGAAUACCAUCGGAAACAGCUAAUGUUUUGUCUAGCCUUCACUUACGACGUAUAUUGCACUCCUCUAUGGAAUUACCUAAAUUGUAGAUUCGUCUGCGAAGCUCCUACGCUUUUUUUUUUCCUCAAUCAAUAGAGUGGAAAGCCUUUUAAAAGCUACAUGCAGUAAGUUCCAUUGGUCUCCAUCAUCUACGAGGUGUCUAAAGUUUUGAUCGAUGUUUAAUAAAAAAUCCACACGAAGGCAAUAAUUCCGAUAAUGUUAAAUUUGUUUAUUGAUUCGAUUCGGAUCAUUUUUCUUCAUCAAAGCUGUGGACGGGGGAUACACUGAUUGGUCUGAGUCGAAGUGCAGUGUGA